AUGGCGAGCUCCUUCCUCAAUUCCUCAAGCUCGGCGAGGUUUGGCUCACCACUCCAGCAACACCGCUCCAGCACGCACACAGAGUCUCAACGGCAAAACAAACCAACGUAUCAGCUUGGACAAGCUAGGGCGCUGCUGGCGCAGCCAGCGCUUAUCGAGUUCUGUUAUCCUCCUCUGAAACGCUACCCAAAUCUGUUAUGCACAUUGAAGCCCUCCAACAACGUACCAAUGGCCCUAGCUCGCUUCCUCAAGAAGAGCGGCGCGUUCACGAAGACGGGACACCCACGUGCAGGACCCCGCACGCCACGGUGGGAAGACGAGCCCGAUCCAGCGGAGGAUGGCGGGAGUACGGAGGACGAGGGAUGGGAGGCGGCCGAGGAGGAGGUGGAGGAGGAAGAGGAGGAGGAUGCAAGGGAGGAAUGA